AUGGGCAAGAAACAAACAGGCGCUCAAGCGAUACAGCUCCGUCAUGUCCUCACAGAUAAGCACUCAAAAGCUGUUGAGGCUCUCGAUAAGAUCAAGAAUGGCGAAAACUUUGCAAAAAUAGCGAUGGAGUAUUCGCAGGACAAGGCCAGAGCAGGUGGAUUGCUUGGAUUGAAGCAAAAGACAGAUCUCGUUGAGCCAAUUUCAUCGACAGCGUUUAACCUGCCCGUCAACCAGCCAUCUGAUCCGGUUAAAUCUGAGUUUGGGUAUCACAUAUUGCUAGUAGAGGCACGUAAAUGA